UUAUUCCUGGAAACGUCCACAGGAUUUUUUAAUUAAUCAGCCUCCAGUGGUUGUGAAAAACGAAAUCCUUGACUUGUUUUCAGCAAAUGAGCGUUUACUCUGCAGUGAGCUGAUGAGAUGGAUUAUCAGCGAAAUCUACGCCACGUGGAAGAUAUUCAAUGGGGGUGCUUUGAACAAUUAUAUUAAAGGGACUGCAGGGGAACCUCCUCUUCUGGUCUGGAAGCCCUGGGAACACAUUUACUCUCUGUGCAAGGCUGUGAAGGGUCACAUUCCCUUGUUCAAUAGCUAUGGAAAGUAUGUUGUGAAACUUUACUGGAUGGGUUGCUGGAGAAAGAUAACUAUUGAUGACUUUCUGCCUUUUGAUGAAGAAAACAAUCUAUUGCUUCCAGCUACAACCUGUGAAUUUGAACUUUGGCCAAUGCUCUUGUCUAAAGCUAUCAUUAAGCUGGCAAAUGUGGACAUCCAUGUAGCGGAGAGGAGAGAACUGGGAGAGUUCACAGUGAUUCACGCACUCACAGGAUGGUUACCAGAAGUCAUUUCUCUCCACCCAGGAUAUACAGACAAAGUUUGGGAGCUCUUGAGAGAAAUAUUGCCCGAGUUUAAGCUGUCAGAUGAGUCCAGCUCUGAAAGCAAAAUAACAGACACAGAUGCCAAAUUAAAAGAACAAGGAAAAGACAUGAAGGAUGGGAAAGAAGUGAAAGAUGGCAAAGAAAUGAAAGAUGGCAAGGAAUUCAAACCUGAAGUUUCAGCAACAAUACUAAAAUUACCUGAGAAAAGUGACAGAGUUUUAAAGGCCGAUGCAAAAGACCUUGGAAAGAAGAGGAGUAAAGAUGGAGAGAAGGAAAAAGAAAAGGAAAAAUCCAAAUGGUCUCUUCAUGGUUCAAGGCCCUCAUCAGACGUACAAUAUUCUCUACAGUCUCUGUCAGAUUGUUCUUCAGCAAUACAGUCCCCUCAGGUAGUUGUAUAUGCUACCUUUACACCUCUCUAUUUGUUUGAAAAGAAUAUCUUUUUAUUAGAGAAGAUGGCUGAUUCUGCUGAGAAGCUUAGGGAAUAUGGGCUUUCCCAUACCUGUAGCCAUCCUGUGCUGGUGACAAGAACUAGGUCUUGCCCCCUUAUAGCACCACCAAAACUACCUCCUAUACCUCCGUGGAAACUCCUUCGUCAAAAAAAGGAAACUGUUAUAACAGAUGAAGCUCAAGAAUUAGUAGUAAAGAAGCCUGACCAGUUUCUUGAGAUUUCAAGUCCAUUUCUGAAUUAUAGAAUGACUCCAUUUACAAUCCCAACAGAAACUCAUUUUGUACGAACUUUGAUUAAGAAAGGGGUGCUUCCAGGAUCUGGUUUAUCUUCCCUUACUGAAAAUGAUGAAACUACAACCGUUAGCCAGACAGACUUAAGUCAAUUGACAAGAACUAUGUCUCAGGGUAAUGCUGCUUCACAAGCUAUACUCAGAAAAGAUGAACUACCAGACUAUGGAUUGAAUGAUGCAGCCCAUCCAGCUGAAGGAAUCAGUCUGGAAAGAGAUUUGGUCAGCCAGACAACAGCAACACAGGAAAAAUCGAAGGAGGAACUUGCAACAGUAAAUAAUUGUGUUUCUAAAGAAAUAUGGUUAGAUUUUGAAGACUUCUGUGUAUGCUUUCAGAAUAUAUAUAUUUUCCACAAGCCAAGUUCAUAUUGCCUUAACUUUCAAAAAUCAGAAUUCAAGUUCUCAGAUGAACGUGUGUCCUACUAUCUAUUUGUGGACAGUCUAAAGCCCAUUGAACUACUGAUUUGCUUUUCUGCAUUGGUACGCUGGGGAGAAUCUGGAGCUUUAACAAAGAACAGCCCUCCCAUACAGCCUGGACUACUUACAGUUGAGAGAGUUUCUUGGAAAUCUCUGAGGCCACGUGAUCUUGUUGUGACAAUUCACACGUAUGCUACCAAGGCUACAGUGGUUCGCCUGCCUGUUGGGAGACACAUGCUGCUGUUCACCGCAUACUCCCCCGUGGGGCACUCCAUACACAUCUGCAGCAUGGUGACCUUUGUCGUCGGGGAUGAAGAUGUCGUGCUACCCAACUUUGAACUGGAGAGCUACCGAUUUACAGAGCGGGCUUUAACAAUUUUGAAAGCUGUUGGACAUGGCAUCGCUAAUUUCGAAGAUAAGGCUAAACUUUCUGCAGCCCUGAAGGAUCUACAAACAGCUCACUACCCUAUUCGCCUCCAGGAUAAAAAACUAACUGCACAGCACUUCCGGAUGAGGGAGUCUGCAAAGAGUCUUCUGCUAGAUGCGGAAUGCUUAGAUGUUAAAUGUAAUGUGCCAAUAAGUGACAAAGAGUAUUCUCCUGAGGAAGUAGCAGCAGCAAUUAAAAUUCAAGCCAUGUGGAGAGGGACGUACGUCAGAUUACUUAUGAAAGCUAGAACACCAGGCACAAAGGAAAAUACCAGUGUUGCAGAUACUCUUCAGAAAGUUUGGGCUGUACUGGAACAAAAUAUAGAACAAUAUGCGAUUUCUCUCUUAAGACUAAUGUUUAAAAGUAAGUGCAAGUCUAUGGAAUCUUAUCCAUGCUAUCAAGAUGAAGAAACUAAGACUGCUUUUGCUGACUACACUGUGACUUACGCAGACCAGCCACCAAAUACUUGGUUUAUAGUAUUCAGAGAAACAUUUUUGGUUCCUCAAGAUAUGACUUUGGUUCCCAAAGUAUAUACUACACUUCCAGUCUGUAUGCUCCACGUUGUUAAUAAUGACACCAUGGAACAAGUGCCAAAGGUAUUCCAAAAAGUGGUGCCUUAUCUUUAUACUAAGAAUAAGAAAGGAUAUACAUUCGUGGCUGAAGCAUAUACUGGUGAUGUGUAUGUAACAUCCUCACGAUGGAAAAUGCGCCUCAUUGGUUCUUAUCAUCCACUCCCAUGUCUGUCUCGAGAUCCUCCAUGUAAUACCUUUACCAUAAAGGAAAUCAGAGAUUACUACAUACCCAAUGAUAAGAAAAUUGUAUUCAGGUAUUCAGUUAAAGUUGUAUUACCACAUCCUGUUACAAUACAGGUACGCACAUCCAAACCAGAUGCAUUCAUCAAGCUACAGAUCCUAGAAAAUGAAGAAGUUAUCGUGAGCUCCACUGGGAAGGGCCAAGUUAUCAUUCCAGCAAUUAACCUCUUGGGGAAUGAGAAAGCCUUGAGCUCCCAGUCUAGCAAGCAAGUUCUUUCAACUCAUGCUUCAUUCAAGAAAGAGCAAGAAUUUUACGUUAAGAAGAAAUCUGUCCCAGGAGGUCAUAAAUCCUAUAAAAGACCUGGAAGUGCAAUAGUAGACACUGGUCAGCCUAUUUUGGAUGAGGAAACUAUCUCUGUACCCACUACAGAAGAAAAUGCUAGCACACCACAGCAGGUAUACAAGUAUAUUAUACAGUGUUUGGUGUUGUAUAACAGUUGGCCUCUCACUGAAAGUCAACUGAUGUUUGUUCAAGCACAAAAAGACUUAGAGAAAAAUGAUAACAAAGCACAUGGAGAGAAACAUGAGGAAUUAAUUACCUUUGGAAGUCCAGAUUCCCACAGUAUUAGUGAGGGACAAAAAUCUUUAGGAACUUCCAAAACAACAAGGAAAGGCAAAGAAAAGUCUUCUGAGAAAGAAAAGAUAGCCAAAGAAAAACAAGUGCCUCGCGUUGAGCCUCAGAUACCCACUGCUCACCCUCAACAAGAAGACCCAAAUAAACCCUACUGGAUUUUGAGGUUGGUCACUGAAUACAACGAAGCAGACUUUUUUGAAGUGAAAAAAGAUACAGAACGAGCAGAUGAAAUCCGAGCCAUGAAGCAGUCCUGGGAGAUGACUGAACCAGGAAGAUCGAUCAAGGCUGCCCAGGCGCGUCUCCAUUAUCUCAGCCGGUUCAUUAAGAAAACACCUGAUGCUGAGUGUGUGCCUAUGUCUGAAAGCCAAACCAAAGAAGGGGAAGAAGGGAGUAUGCUGUGGAAGCAGUGGCAGACAAACAAGGGCUUCAAGGAUCUGGCAAAAUCAACAAGUAGUGAAAGUGAAGGAUCAUCCCCCACAGGGAAGGAAGAGCGUGAGCAGAGCAUGCAGAAGGAAAAUAUCAGGCCUCGUUCACGAUCCCCAACAAUUUUGGAAAUGCCUCCCCAACUUAUUCGAAAAAAACUAGAAUGUGUAGACUUAAGUCAAUAUGUACGAAAAACAAAUACUGAUCCUCUGCUGCAAACGGAUGAGCUGAAUCAGCAGCAAGCAAUGCAAAAGGCAGAGGAGGUCCAUCAGUUUCGACAAUAUAGGACCAGACUCCUUAGCAUUCGUGAUAUUGAGCAAGAAGAAAGGCUUAAAGUAAAGGAGCGAGUUCUGGAGAUGUACGGGGAGAUGCGGGACUCCUUAGAUGAAGCCCGGCAGAAGAUCUUCAAUAUCCGGGAACAGUACAGAAAAAAGUUACUGGAAGCUGAGCGCCAAAGAUUGGAGUCUCAGGCUGCGGAGGAAGCCGCGAUCCGGCUAGAGCCAGAAAAGAAGGUCCCGGCUCCAGACACACAAAAAAAACAGAAAGGAAAGAAAAAGUGACCAGGACAUGCCCAAUACUCCCUUUCCUCCAAAGAGGGAAAACCUACUUUUAAUUAUCUAUAACUUUGCCUUUUGACGAGAAUAAGGUAUUAAUUAGGCCAAAUGAAAAUAGACGUUUUCCCACCUUAGAAGUACUUUCUGUGUUUUGACAUUAACUUAUUGGUUGUUCCCAGAGAGCUAUGAUUUGAGUAUAAAAUU